CUCGCUCGCUGCACAUAACUGGAAAUGUUUCUGACUUACCGAUUGAUGCGUUGCCCUUCGCUCACGUUCGUUGAUGCUUCCAAAUCCCUUGGGAUACGGGAAGUCCUGAUCUGCUUGCUCGGCCGACGCAACUGAUUACAAUGCUUUGGGACCGCUUGAGCGUGAUGGGACGGGAAGUAUGUUUGUUUCGGCGGGUUAUUCGGGCAGGCUGGAUUCGAGUUGGCCAACGGAAGUGUCUUGACGCGUUCGUGUUCGAGAUCGAGCUCCAGAGUGAGCGUAUGGGCAAUUCUGAGGUAUCGCGAUGGGGAUGGAGGAGGAGAAAAACAGAACAGGAAGGAAAUCGGCUGAGGCUGGAGAAAGGGGAGCGGCAGUGUAUUUUAUUGGCAAAGGAUGGAAAGCACACACACAGGUCCAAGUCCAGCAGCACAGCAGGUUUGGUAAGAAAGGUAUGGAACUACUACGGGUUCAGAAGCCAAUCUAAAGAAGGGCCAAACCGCCAAAGGGGCGGACCAGCAUGGCGGAUUGGAUUUCACUGGAUUGAUUUUCUGCUGAAUUUGCCUGACCCAGUGCAACCCAAGACCCGAGCACGCCUGGCUUUCUUGCUCACUGUUCCGCUCCUGGGAGUUAGUGCUGAAUGAUGAUUGCAGGCUGAGAUUGAAAAAGGCGCGAGGGCGCAACCCCGGCUCACACCCAAGUUCUGUUCCCAAUCCAAGAAUCCACCGAUGUGGGACGCGUGGAGGGAGCGCGGCUUGACUAGUUGGCUUCUUCCCUGCCCGAUGUCCGAUGACUUGGUGAGAGGCAGGCACGGUGCCUCCGGUAAUUUUCAGCUCAUGGAAAGGGGGUUUUCAUCACGGUCCGUUGUCAGGUCUCCAAACAACUUCGGAUUUGGUGGAGGAAUUGGGGAGGUUUAGGUCGCUGGGUGCCUAUAUUAUCCCCGCACACCGCUCACUAUCAUGUGCCUGUUUUGUCCUGCUGGACAUG